AUGCUGUGGUCUUCCUCCAUCGCCAAGUUUGCCAAUGAGCCACAGUCACACGAGGCUGUUGGUGGCUUGUACUCAUCUUCACCGGUUCUCGCUUCACACACCCUCGAGAAUGCCUCAGUGCGAGUGAACUUACUCCAAUUCCAAAGGCGCUCAAUUCAAUACAAUACCACUCUCAACUUCGAUUCACCCACAAACUACUGA